GGAUGGUGCGAACGCUUCCAUCGAAUGUGCAGGUCGCUGACAAGACUGCCUCGUGCCCCUCUUUGCCUCUUUACCUCGCCCUACUCCCCUGGCCUUCUCUUUCCCUUCCUUCCCUCCUCACCCCCUCCUCUACCUCAUCCUCUUCACAACACCCCUUCCUCUACCUCAUCCUCUCCAUCCCAAUCCUCCCUCCUCCCCUGCUCCACCUUUACACCCUAUCCACGAUCAUCAUCCUCAUCCACGGCCACCACAAUGGGUACUUGUCGUCACCUCCCAUUCGUCCCCCUCUGUACCCAACCUCCCCUUCAGAUCGAUCUAGACGACUCCGACGAUGAAGGACGCUCGUCUGCCGACAAUGGCACCGGGCGAGGACACAAUGCUGAGGAAGAAGCAGCUCCAGCCAACAGCAUGCCUAUUCCGGAU